CCGUUUACUGUGCUUGUCAUUACUCGACACAGAUUUCACCGGGCGGGGCUUUGCAAAGUUUUGACAGUGGAUUUCUCUGUUGCUGUACGCAUGGAAGCAUAAGGGCCUGGUGUGAAAGGAUAAUACAUGGACACAAGUUCUGAAUACAAGAGUCCAUCCAAGAGAAUUACAGCUUAGGUGAAGUUAACAUACAAUCCCAUUGAUUCAGAAGAAAACAGCAGAUAUAAUUUAGGAGAGAGCAGAUUCAAUGUCCAGGCGUUUAGACACAGCUGAGCACUCAUCCGAGGCGAGACAGUACAUGUUUAAAGAUCUGGGAGCAGCAAACAUUCACACAGGGAACAAGUUAGCUGAGAGUGAAGUCUCGUCUCUCAAUGAUCAACUAUCAGACACCGUUGACCCUAAGGGCAAAGCAGCUGUUUUUAGACGUUUGUUUAAGAAGCCUCCCAAAAAGUUGAUUAGUCUACCUGCACAGGAGGUGGAACCGCAGGAAAAACUGUCAUUACAAGAUGGAGAACUGUCAGCAAGCAAACACCAUCAUACAGAAAACAACUCCAAGGAAGAACCAGUAUUUAAGAAUGAGGAUUUUUCAGCCAGUGACAGUCAUGAGGAGAAGUCUCUGUUUAAUUUUCUCAAAACAUUUCCAAGCAAAACCGAGGACACUUCUGGAGAGGACAGCCCACCAUUACACAUUAAACUGCUGGCCAGUAAUGACCAUCUGUUACAUCCCCAGUAUAACAACUUAGAGGAUAAUUCAGGGAAGCUGAAUGGCACUUUCCGCAGUUCCCCAAAACCAGCAUUACGUUUUGCUGUGGAAACGGAUCCAUUAAGUGAGCACAGUGAGCUUACAGACUGGGAUUAUACCUUUUUGGAAGCCGAUAAGAAAUCUAUCGAAAUGCCCAAAAAAUGCAUAGCAAGUCAUCAGAAAAUCUCUAACCGUAGUAGUAAGGUGUCAUAUAGAGUGAAGAGAACUCUGUCUACAAUGUCCACAUUUUCAUCCAGUACACAGGACUCUGACCAAGAAGAUAUAAUUAAUGAACCAGUGGAACUGCAGCUACUGCAAAAUACUGAGGACUGUACUUUUGAAAUCCUGCCAGUGGAGAUGGCUGCCUAUCCAACAGAUUUAAAUUGCUUAGAGGCAGAUGAGGAUGAUGGUCUGAUGGACUGGUGGAAAACUGUUGAAGGUUGGAGUGAAUGGAACCAAACAUCAAAUUUUCAGGAGGAUGAUGAGGAGCUGGCUGUAGAGGCUGCUGCAGAUCGGGUGUUCAUGGCCGCUCGUCUCUUUGUCAGUCUGUUCAACCAGCGUGGAGCGUCUCUGCAAUGUCGCAUUGUUGAGUUGCUUGCUCUGGCAGACGCUGCAGACAGUUUCCAUAAGAAGACGGUGAGCGCCGCUAUCGGAGGGGGUGUAGCUAGUGUUGCUGGAGGCAUAGCCACCAUUACUGGCCUCAUCCUGGCACCCUUCACCUUUGGCACGUCCACUAUCGUCACUGCAGUGGGCAUCAGUGUGGCCACAGCUGGCAGCAUCACUUCAGCCACAGCGAACAUCACUGAUGCUGUUCAAUCCAAGAUAGACCGCAAGAAAGUGGAGAAGAUAAUCCAGGGCUACCAGAGUGAGAUCAGUGACAUUAGGAAUUGUCUGGAAUUCAUGCAAGAAGGAAUGAAUACCCUGCAGGAAUGGGAUUUUAAGGACUACUCUGACAGCGUGGUCAACACAAGUCUUAACCGUAAUAUAAAGUAUGUGAUGAAGGAAGGUGGACGAGCAGGGAAAGCCCUCCUGAUAAACACUGAUAGACUUGUUAGCACUGUGAAAGUUUUGGGUGUUGCUGGAGGGGCUGCCAAAGCUGCCAAGGCCAUCAGUAUCACCACAGGGGUCAUGUCUACUCUUUUCCUCGCUCUGGAUGUUUUCUUUCUCGCCAAAGACUCAAAUGAACUCCGUAAAGGCGCCAAGACCAAGUUUGCCUCCAAGAUCCGAGAAGUUAGCAAAGAGCUUCAACAUGGCCUACUGGAACUAAACAAAGUAAAGACGCAGCUUCAGAAGACCAUGGAUGGAAUUGAAGUGGAAGAAUAUGAGGAAGAUGAGGAGGAUGAAGACCAGUGUGUGUCAGAUCCUGUUAAACUGGCUCUGCUUGAGCAAGAACUUGAUCAGAUGGAGGAGAAACUUGACCAGAAGAGUCUGCAGGAUCAAAUGAACAAAAGCAAGAUGGGAGGGACUGAAGAAAAGACUACAAAAAAGAACAACAACGAGGAGUCAAAGAGUGAAAAUAAAUUAUGCAAAUUAUAACUAACAAAGAAAUGACAACAGCAGGAUGGUUGGCAAAUAAAAGAUUUUAAAGUGGGAAGAAGAUUAAUAAUGAUGAGAAAAGUUUAUUUGGAAAGAUUCAGAACAGAUAAAUAAGAUGUCUGAACUCAGACUUCAAGAAGGUUUAAAGACCUCUGGGUUAAAAAAGGACCAAAGAUAAAUAAUUAGAAAUCUUAUGGCAUUUAUGAUAUUUAAGGCUCAAGAUUGAGAAGGAUUUUUACAUUUGCCUAAGCCAGGUUUCUGUCAUUCUAAGCCGCGCUUUUAAUAAUGGCUAAAGGAUUGCUUUACACUUGUAAUUGAGAAGAAGAAUUUUUAUCAGAAUUAACAUAAAAUUGCAUUGCUAAACAUGUGUAGUGUUAAAUUGUUAAGACCUGAUGCUUAGCCACCAACAGCCAAUCGGGUGCCUCAUACUAUCAUUUCAGCAUUUAGAAGGGAAAGCCAGUAGUGAUGGAAAAAGUCAAAUAUACAAGCUUAUGCGUAAUACUGGACCCUUUUUGUAAACAGGCCACAUGCUGUGUUUGUUCAAGCAAUGACUCUGGCACCUUAUAAUCAAAUAAGGAUGUUAACCAAGGCUUAAGAAAUAUGCCCCACACCUUCCUUAAAAGUGAAGUCAAAAGUUUAAAUCGCCCCCUGGUGGCUGACUGCCAUAUGGGUUAUACAUUUUGGCUUCACUAUGUUAAGGAAAGGGGGAAAAUCUAUUAACACGUUAAUGUCCACCAUUUGAGCUCUUAUUACACAAAUGUAUCUUUAAGUGUUUCUAAUAAGUUUGCAUUUAGUUAGCUAUUUGAUGCUAGAAAUCCAAUGUUGCGUCAUGAAUACAUGCUUGCCAGUUUGUUCAAAACUUUGAUUCCAAAGCUCCAGCUCAUGAUGUCAUUGUCAUCAUUAUCCAAAAUACAACAGCAGACAUACAGUACCUGGGACAGUUUGGCUUCAGUAUUUCUAUUGUAGAGAAACAUUUUUAUUACAGUCUAUGGUCAUGCUCCCAAGCACAAUUAAGAUGUCUCUUAAAGGGACAGUUCAGACAAAAUAAAAAAUUACACUCUUCUUACUCACCCUCAA